CUUUCGCGACUCGGACGCGUUCGUAUGCAACACCGGUUUCCUCCAACGUGGGCUGUUCCUAUUAUUCUGAUUCGCCCAUCGGUGUUGGCUCCUGCUGCUCAUCUGUGACGAUUACUUUCUGAUAUUUGAUGCAUGACAGAUUUUUCUACCCCCAAAGUUUUUCCCGAGUGCCAUUGUAAUUUUUUUUAUCAUUUUUUUCAAUAGCUGGGAGUCCUGGGACACAGAUUUCUUCCAGUGAAGUUUUAGUUUUUUGACCGGAUGAGAAGCACAGCUUAUCCUAUGCUGUACAAGGCGGAAACACAUCAUUUUUUUUUCAAUUUAAAGAUUCCCAAGUGCUGGUCAUUGAAAGGAAUAAGUGGCGACUUUAUUUCUCCACGGUAUCGUUGUGCUAAACAUGCUCCCAGUAUUCCGAAUCGUAGAAACAGGCCCCCUUUUCAUUGCUCCACUCGACAUUUAUUGCAGUAUUCUUCAAGAAGCAUCGUUAAUAAGCUGCCGAAGGAAUAACUGGCAGCACGCAAAGCUAUCAUAAAAAACCCGUGCCAAAAAUGAGCCAUAUAAUAGGGCUAUAAACAUCUGAGAGCUUCACUUCCACUCACUGAAGCCCCUCCCGCGUUUGUCGGGAACUUUGCAGGUAUUGUAUAACGCUGAUUCAGUGGGAGAAAUAAAAGCAGAUUUGUGAGAUGGGGACCGGUAGCUCGAAAGCGGAUGUGAAUUCGACGCCGGUGGAAAAAAUAACGGAUCAUGAGAAAAGCAUCACGUGCAUGGCCUUGUCGGAAGACGAGUCCCUGCUCGUCACCGGCAGCGACGACGGCACGGCUCGGAUGUGGAGCUCGAAAACAAGCUCCACGGAAUGCUUAGGGAUUUUCAGGGGACACACUGAUUACAUAACUUGCAUCACAGUGUACGACACUUACGUGCUGACCGGAGGAGCUGAUGCGACAAUCAGGAAGUGGGACAUGACAACGUGCGAGUGUUUAGAUGUCUAUGGGGGCCACGAUAGUCGGAUUUUUCGGCUGCUCUGCAACGGGAAUUGGAUUUUCUCAUCUUCUUACGAUAGAACAUGUCGCGCUUGGCGAUUCGACACGUCAGACCUGGAUGACGAUGAGGACCCAUGCAUUCGAGUAUUUCGAGGACACGAAAAAGCAGUGCUGCCGCUCGUAUAUAUACCUGGCGUAGAGUUAACUGGAAUUGGAUACAGCCCAGACGAUAUAAAUCCCAGUGACUUGCUGCUGACGGGUUCUGCAGACGGAACAGCAAGGUCGUGGUCCGUUGAAACUGGUGGAUGCUUAAAGAUCUUCAAAGGACACCGUGGGCCGAUAUCUUGCAUGGCGACUGAUAUCGACGGAGAAGUACUCUUCACAGCAAGUAUGGAUAAGACCGUUCGAUCGUGGGACAUUGCCUCGGGAAGAUGCCUCAAGACUUUCGAGGGGCAUGAAAAUGGGAUUAUAAGCAUGUUUGUCGGAAAAACGAUGCUGUACACCGGGAGCGCUGACGGGACAGCAAAAUCUUGGGUCAUUGACUUUGGAGAAUGCACUCGAACUUACAAGGGUCAUCAGCAUUCAGUGACUUGCGUGCAAGUGUGUGGCGGCAUCCUUUUCACAGCAUCCGGCGACAUGUCGGUGCGAGCCUUCGAUGCGAAGGCCGGUUCAUUGCGGAAAACUUACGUAGGGCACGAAGCUGGCGUCAUGUCACUGGCUUACGUUGGUGGAUAUAUAUUUUCCGGAGGUUCUGAUGGUGUUUUGAUGAAAUGGGACGCCCAGGGACUCGUUGAGAACGAAACAAAGCCGGCGUUGAGUAGCGACAAACAAGCGCAGAAAGAGAAGCAGAAUUUGAGGAUGGCGCAGUUGGAAGCACAAUUGGAUGACUACGUUGAUCUUAAUCGUUCAUUCGGGAGCAAGGCGCUUAUGAGAAACUUACACAACGCAAAAAGUGGAACAGCUUGGGCGUGAUUUGCAACGCGAAUCGAAAAUUUGUCAAAAUUUUACAAAAUCGAGCGGCUUCAAGAGCAGUCUGCAUUUUCGAUCUGAUAGCCACGCUUACGCGAUUAUUGGCCAAAAUUUAGUCUGUGAAGAAUUCGACAAAAAUCUCAGAUACCUCAUUCACGUGGAGAUACUGAUGUACAUUAAAAGCAAAAAGUUCGAGUCAAAAACCGUAAGAUCGACAGAAUUGAAAUACAAUUUUUUUCGAGAUUUUUCUCGCGUGAUUUCCUCAUGCUUUUCAAUUUAUUUCUGUGAAAUAUAAAUUUUUGACCAAACCUGCCAGCAGACGAUCUUUGGACAAACUGAAAUUUCAAGGUAGGUCACAGACCACAUCAAAUACAUUUUUUGAUUGGUAAUAUCUUCCCCGCCAAAAUGUCAAAAUGUUGAAAUUUUUCGGUUUUUCCCUCAGAAGGGUGCCCGAAGUCUGGUUGACGAGGUUAUGAUCGAUUGCGGCCAAUAAUCGCGGAAAUAUACGGUGCAAAUUGAUGCAGAAUAUUGGGAAUUGAAGUUCGCUGGGACAUGUCGAUUGUCAGAGUUCAAAAUUGAGAUUUAAAAGUUCAACUGCGUAUUUUUUUUAAUGGCGAUUGAUGAAUACGAAAGACUUUGGAAAUGUGUGUUUAUGCCAGAAAAUCCGUGCUUUGCGAUACAAGUGCACGAAAAAUGAAGCGCUAAAUCUGCACAAUUUUUGUUUCUGUG